AUUUUCACCUUACAAUUUCCCUCCGUGCGCUGUGUGUUCCAUUGCCCCCUGUUCCAUUGCCCAAAAGCAUCCGAAAGCGUGUGUGUGUGUGUGCGUGCCCGGUGCACAUGUACACAAACACACAGAAACACGCGCGCGCGAUUUUCCACCCGGACGGAGGGGACAACCAUGCGCCAUGCGCUUUUCGCUUCAUGCUCACACGUUUAUCCAACAUUUUUACCCGGAUGAAGGCACUUGAAACGAUCGGUUUUUGGUUUAACUUUCUGUCAAGAUAAACCCCAAAACGCCCGCGCUCUACGAAACCGAACCCGCGAAACGCGAUGCGCGUCCCGGAAAGUGUUUUAUAUUUUCAGUACGAUCAGGUUUUGCUUUUAAAAUCGUAAGCCGUGUCGGGAGGGCCAGACUCUGGAUAAAAAAUGAUGGACACAGCGAAGCCACCCGCCUCCAAACGCACCAAACGAUGCGACGACCGCAACACCGAGCUAGUCUCAAUCAAUGGAUGCUUUUUCGACGACGAAUUCCGCGAACGGUUCAAGGCGGCGUGGCAGCGGCGCGAAACCAGCGCCGGCUGCAAUUACGAGCUCAAGCAGGCCCCGUUCCAGCUGGCCGUGCUGCAAAACUUCCUCCAGGAGGAUGCGAAGCGGGCGGACGCCACGAAGCGGCUCGAGGCGGAGUUCAGCACCGUCGACUGGAAGCGAAAGCAGAUGGAUCUGUACGAGUUCUACCAGACGGACGAUCUGUGCAGCCUCGAGCGGGACUACCUGCAAGCGUUCUACACGGUGCUGAAGGAGCAGAUGAUGCCGCUGGUGGAGGAGCUGACCGGUAUCAAGCUGACGCACGUGUCCGCCUCCUGCUCGAUGUACAACGCGGGCGACUAUCUGCUCGUGCACGACGACCUGCUGUCCGAUCGGCGGAUAGCGUACGUGUUCUAUCUUAGCCCCUGGGACUGCCACAGACGGUGGCAGGCGAAGGAUGGCGGCGCACUGGAGCUUUUCCGGGCGGACGGGAAUCAGCUGCCCGUGUUUCCGGUGACGGACAAGAUCUACCCGCAGAACAAUCAGCUGGUACUGUUCCGGGUGUGUGAACAAUCGUUCCAUCAGGUGGGCGAAGUGACCACCUUCGAGUAUCCGCGGUUAACCAUCAACGGGUGGUUUCAUGGGCCGGCAGCACCAGUGCCGGCUGGCGGGAAGGGUGCGCUCGCCGGUCCGCAAGCUCCGUCGAUCAUUAUCGAUACGCAUUACAUGAGCCCGCGCAAGAUCGACGCCGAGCUGGGCGAGUGGAUCAACGACGUGUACCUCGUGGACGAGGUGAAGCAGAACGUGCAGAAGAAGGUGGAAAUGUUUUCGGAAGUAUCGCUCGAACAGUUUCUGCUCGGGCCCCGGUUUACGGCACUGCUGGAAAGUCUCCGUACCGGGGCGAACCUUGAGUGGAGAAUCAAGGGACCGGCCCAUUUGCGGAAGUACGAGGUGCUGAACUUUAAAGCACUGCCCGAGGCCAAUCCGUUGCGAGCGUUGUACGAUCUGUUCACGAGCAGAACGAUGUUCCGGCUGCUGUACGACUACACCGAGCUAGACCUGUACGGGCGGAAGGCGAAAACGCCCAAAUGUGCCAUCGAGCUGCAGCGCUGGGAGCGGGGCUGCUACACGGUGCUGGGCGAUUCGUCCACGUACGCCGACAGCACGCUGGACAUUACCUUCUACCUGAACGCGCAGGAAAAUGUCGGCGUCAUUACGUAUCUCGUGCCGGAGGGCGAGGGAAAGGAGCAGGAGCGGCAAGGAUCGGCCAAUCAAAGCGAUGCGCCGCAAGCGUCGUCAUCGUCGACCACCUCGCCGUACACGGAAUGCUAUGAGGAUGAUCCAGUGCUGCUAACGCUGCUGCCGAAGGACAAUGUACUGAACGUGGUGUACCGGGCGGAAGGAACGACCAAGUUUACCAAAUACGUUUCGCACAAUACGCAUCUCGAAAAGGCGGACGGUGAUGGUCACGCUUACACCUACAUACUGGUGUGCAGCUACAAGGAGUAGAAACAGGGACAUGCGUAUCGUGCGUAAAGAAAAUAAUUACAAAUAAAAACAUUGCACAACGAUGGCACCUGAUGAAACAAUGAUGUGUUUU